UUCAACGCCGAUCACAUACAUCAACACAAGAAUGCGGUACACCUCAUGAUACGAUUUGGUUUUAGGGCGCACUAUCGCCCACAGUCAAACUUCCUCCGUCGAAACGCUCGUGCAAAAACUGCCAACAAGGGAAGCAGAGGAUUCUCCAGCACGAAAUGGAAGCCCAAAGACCCUCGGAUACACGAUCUAGGUCGUGUGAUAGAGGAUGAAUACGCAGUAAUACGAGAUGACUAUCAAACACCAAAACAUACCUUGAUCCUAGCCCAUGGUCUUCUGGGCUUCGAUGAAAUCCGCCUUGCCGGCCAGUUCCUGCCUGGGAUACAGUACUGGCGCGGAAUCACAGAUGCGCUUUCAGAAAAGGGCAUCGAGGUGAUUGUCGCGUCUGUUCCGCCGUCUGGCAGUAUUGAGGACCGGGCGCAAGUGUUGGCGCGCAGCAUUGCCGAUAAAGCGCAGGGCAAAGAAGUGAACAUCAUAGCCGGCCUUGAUUCACGCUACAUGCUCAGUCGACUCAAACCGAAUAACGUCAAGGUCUUAUCACUAACUACUAUUGCGACGCCGCACCAAGGCUCUGCUUUUGCCGACUAUAUGUUUGACACGAUCGGACCGCACCAAAUCCAAAGGCUAUAUAAAAUUAUGGGAUACAUCGGUCUAGAAACAGGCGCAUUCUCACAACUGACCCGGAAAUUCAUGCGAGAGGAGUUCAACCUGAAGACUCCUGAUUGCGAGGGGAUUAAAUACUACUCCUAUGGCGCAUCACUCGAGCCAUCAUCUUGGUCGGUUUUCGCAAUGUCACACGCCAUAAUCAAGGAAAUGGAAGGUGGUCCCAACGAUGGCCUCGUCAGCGUAUCGUCGAGCCAAUGGGGUGAAUAUAAGGGCACACUGAUGGGCGUCAGCCACCUCGACUUGAUUAAUUGGACUAAUCGAAUCAAGUGGUAUUUUUGGGAGCUGACCGGCCGCAAACGAAACUUCAAUGCGAUUGCGUUCUACCUCGACAUCGCCGGUACGUAUAAAUAUCAAUGCUGGAGCAAUCUCCGCUACCAUGCGUAUUCGGCACCCCCUGGAGCAAGCUUCAGCUCGUUCUCGCUAACAUGGUUCUUUUCAUAG